AUGAACGCCCUCAUCACAACCCUCUACGGCUUCCCCCCGCCCGCACCCCGCCACCGCACCGCCCCCAUCCGCAUCCUAUGCGUAGGCCUCCCUCGCUCCGGCACGGAGAGCCGCAGCCUCGCCCUAACGCAACUAGGCUACAAGCCCUUCCACGGCUGGGAUCUAGUCUUCGACACGGCGGCGCACAUCCAAGCGUGGGCGCAGCUCGCCGAACGCAAGUACGGCCCCCCACAGGACCAACCCAUCACGCGCGCGGACUUCGACGCCCUCCUCCCCGGCGACUGCGACGUGGUCAUCGACUCGGCCGCCGCGCUCUUCACGCCGGAGAUCCUGCAGGCCUACCCGGACGCCAAGGUGAUUCUGAACACGCGCCACGACGUGGCGGCAUGGCAGCGCAGCGCACGGCAAGCGUUCGUGACGGACGGCGCCGCGCACUGGGGGCUGUGGGUGCUGCAUCUGUUCAGUGCGGAGGUGUUUUGGCUGUGGCGGCUGUAUUAUACCUUUGGGUAUCCGGGGUUGUUUCGGGGGAGGACGGUGGAGGAGGGGGUGGUGGGCAAGGGGAAGAGGGUGUAUCGUGAGCAUGGGUGGUUGGUUAAGGGGUUGGUGGAGAGGGAGCUGUUGUUGGAGUGGAACGUGGAGGAUGGCUGGGGGCCUUUGUGUGAGUUCUUGGGCAAGGAAGUCCCGCUGGAGCCGUUUCCCCAGACGAAUACCGGGGAAGGGUUCCGGAAUCGCGUUGAGAAGAGAGUCGGGCCCUGGCGGCGGACGGCGUUGGGGAAUUUUGCCCUCAUGAUCACUUCGGCGGGGGUGCUGGGGACGGCGGUGGUGUUUGGGGCGAGGAAGGGCGGCGGGGGGUGUACAACAACAAAGAAACAGGUCUGA